GCCUACCUAGGUGUACAUACUAUCAAGGUCUCUCUGAUCGAGGGUCGAUCUGCUGCAACGUAACGCCCUCGAGCAGGAGUCAGUCAGCCAGACUGCCACAGUGCUCUCGUCGGGUAGCAGCCAAUGCCAAGCUUUCCCGGCCACCUGGGUCUGGGACAGGUACAGCCAUCCAUCAUCAUCGACAUCGAUUCGCUUCCGUCGCUGCAGUCAGUCGGACGGCGUAGUAAUCCCAUAUGCCUGCACGCCUGCAUGCCUGUAUGGCCGUAUCCUGCUUGCUCUCCUUCAUCCUCUUGCCCAUCCCCAUCCUUGUUUCUUUUUGGUCUGCUACUACCACCACUCCUCCUUCUUCUACUCGUCGUUCGUCGUCGUCGUCGUCGUCGUCCUCCCCUCCCCUCUCCUCCCCGCCCGCUCCCACUCACUACUACUGGCAGAGCAUUCAGCCAUCCCAGGACCGAUCAAACUCAGCCCUACUCUUGUCCGUUCUGGUCGGCGUCGGUCUGCUGCUUGUCUGCCCCCGAGUCGCAUCUUCGUCCCUUCUCGCCCUAUUGCACCCGGCCUUAUUCGAUCGGCCAGUCCCCCGCCGAUUCAUGCACCCAUCCUGGCCUUGAACGAUAAAUCCCUCUCCCCUCCCGGCCUGGCUGCAUCGACGCUCGCCCGGCAGCCCUGACCGAAUUGAAGUGGGGAAGGUGUUGAAGAAACUAGCUCCGGCGGCCCCGCCGCCCCGCCACCCCAGGCCCCCUCUAGGGUCGACCGGACAUCUGGGCCCCAACUUUUAACACGUCUCGGAUGUCUCGUUCCAAGAGUACCCUUCCAAGAGCCCGCCCGUCCACGUCCAGCGACAGCACACGCUCACAUCGCACACCACAACAGCAAUAUAUACCGAGUACACCUGCGUGUCUGUGUGUCUGUGUGUCUGCGUGAACCCAGUCUGUUCGUGCCAGCCCUCGGUCUCCCUCUCACUCUCCCUCUCUCCUCUGCCGCCUGCCGGCAUCGAGCAUCGACCGACUGGUCUUAGCGCCCCCGUCACAAUUAACUUUGUCCGAUAUUAAAGCGAGCCCAUUAUACAAGCACAAAGACGACAAAAAUAGCUUGCCCGCCGACCUGACAGCUCCGUCGCACGUGGCCCAGCAGGACAAUACCACCGCCAUUCCGCUGAAUCCGGUCAUCUUGCGCCCCCGACUUGGGACUCGGCCAAAGACAACCUCCCAGACAGACCCCAAAGCGCCCCCGCCGUCACCAGCAUCUCAUCCCGAACGAGAGGACUGCCCUCAGCCUCACUUUCUUUCUUUCUUUUUUUUCUUAAAAAAAAAGAAGAAGAAUUCCAUCAGGCCGCGGCCUGUAUCCGCGGCCAACUGAACCUGCCGCUUUCUCAUCACCGUCGCCUUCCAGCCUCACCUGAUGCGCCCGAAAUCCCAACCAUGGCGCCUUCGCUCAAAUCAUCGCAUUAGGGCCCCGUCGUAUCUACGCAGACCUCCAUAGGCGGCUUCUGCCCCUUGGUCCUUCACCAUGUCUGAUAUGGCCGCUUCGGCGGUCCAUAUCCCCGAUCGAGGUCCCGCCGUCUUCGCCGUCACCACAGCCACCCUGGUCGUCGGCACCGCCUUCUUCAUUGCCAGGCUCUUCUGCCGGUCUCUUAUCGUCAAGCGCGUCAGCUGGGACGACUACUUCAUUAUUGCGGCAUGGUUCCUGGCUGUCGGCCUCAGCACAACCAUCGAUAUUGGCACGAGCAAGGGGCUGGGGAAGCACGAUGCCAACAUUCCCAAUCAAGACCGACUUCCGCUUAGGAAAACGGAAUAUGUCUUCUCCGUGCUUUAUAACCCUGCGCUCAUGGCCCUGAAGACCAGCAUCCUGAUCUUCUACCUGCGCCUCUCCAAGAACACACAGCAGAUCCUUCGCAUCGCGUCAUGGGUCGUCCUUGGUAUUGUCAACACCGCCGGGAUCGUGCUCACCUUCUUGAACAUCUUUCAGUGCAACCCCGUGAUCGCCGCCUUCAGCCUGUAUAGGUACCAGGCCCAGUGCAUACCCCUGCUCACCGAGUUUAUCUGUUCCGCGCCGGUCAACAUUGUCACCGACCUCGCGAUUCUGGCUCUCCCGAUCCCCGUUCUCACCGGGAUGAGGUUGCCUAAGCGGCAGAAGUACAUCUUGGUUUUCACCUUCUCCCUCGGUAUCUUUGUCACCAUAGUGGAUGUCGUCCGCAUCUACUACCUCCAACAGGCCAUCUCUUUCGUCCCAACCGCGCCGUCGAACGACCCCGACGCCCUAUUUGGCGACAGCCCCGAGUUUGCUUGGAACGCAUCCCUGUCGUUGAUGUGGUCCGCGGUCGAGGUCAACGUUGGCAUGAUCUGCGCCUGCAUCCCAACGCUGAAACCCUUGAUACUCAAGAUCUUGCCCUCGGUACUCUUCGACCCAGAUGGGACACACGAGUCGAGCCUGUCUACGUACGCUACCGAUACGCAGGACAAGGAGCAGAGCCAGAAUGCCUCUGGACCUGUCGAGCCUGGCGAGGCUCCUGAAACAUUGGCAGCACCUGCUCCGGCGCAGCAGCAAGACUCCUCUGCAGAACAGAUCUCUGCCCUCGAUUUCCUGACGACGCCGGAUAUGGUGGACGGCGCUCCUCGAAAUUCUGUCACACAGCAGCCCUUCUCUCCGGUGACAAGGAGCACCUGGAUGUCCGGGAGGUCCCGAAACGACAACGCUGUCUAUUUCGGAUUCGUCAACAUGAGAAGACCAAAGAGCAUGAUCAAGACGGCGCCGGCCGAAUCCCUCCGGUACUGUGUUGUUGUCACCAUCCUGUUCCUGCUUUGGGGAUUCUCUUACGGGCUUCUCAACACGCUCAACAACGUGAUUGCCACCAUUUCCAACAUGAGCACAGCUGAGACGCUGGGGCUGACCAGCGCGUACUUUGGCGGAGGCUACUUUUUCGGACCUCUAGUCGUGGGAGAAUGGGUCCUCCGUCACGACGAACACGCACGCUUCCACCGGAAUCGACGCAGACACAAGCACCGCGAUGCAGUUGGCGGCUUCAAGGCCACAUUCAUCCUGGGGCUUUGCAUCUAUGGCAUCGGGACGAUCAUGUUCUGGCCAUGCGCCGUUCUGACCUCGUUUCCCGGUUUCAUGAUCAGCAACUUCGUUGUUGGCUUUGGUCUGGGCGUUCUCGAGACGGCAGCAAAUCCAUUUAUCAUUCUGUGCGGGCCUCAACAAUACGCCGAGACUCGCAUACUGAUAGCCCAGGGAUUCCAAGGCGUUUCAAGCGUCAUAAGUGGACUGCUGGCGCAAAAGGUCUUCUUCGACGACAUUGCCGACAGCGAAGGAAGGACUACCAGCCUGGAGUUGAUCGACGUGCAGUGGACGUAUCUGGCCAUCACUCUCUCCUGUGUCGCAUUGGCACUAUUCUUCUACUACAUGCCACUCCCCGAGGUAACUGAUGCUGAACUGGGCCGAGCUGCGGAGCGCCUGCCCGUGGCCACGAAGAAGCGGACCGUUGGGGGACUACAAUUGCGGACUUUGUGCAUCAUCCUCGCUGUGAUGGCACAGUGGUUUUAUGUUGCAGCGCAGGAGUCCAUGUCCAUCUUCUUUGACGACCUGAUGGCUUCCACGUUACCGGGCCCAUCGGAUGCCGACCAACCCCCGGGCCUCGUCCUCUCGGUUUCCGACUACCUUCUCAUCGCCCACACCGCAUUUACCAUCUCUCGCUUCAACUCGGCCCACCUCGCGUGGCUGUCGGUGAAGCACCCACAGAGCCGACUCGUACCAACUCCCCGCACCCAGCUUACCAUCUUUUCUGCACUGUCUGUUGUCCUCGCACUCGUAUGCGUUGUGCUGCGCCCCGCGAACCCGAAUUAUAUCGCGAUACCUGCAAUCCUCUUCUUCUUCGUUGAGGGACCCAUCUGGCCUCUAAUCUUCGCAAUGGGUCUCCGCGGGCAAGGCAACCGCACCAAACGCGCAUCAGCGUGGCUUACCAUGGGUGCAAGUGGACCAGCCUUCUGGCCAUUUGUCAUGUAUGGCAUUAUGAGCAACAACGGCGUGUCCGUACAGCUUGCAUUCAUAGUGAUAGUCGUCCUGCUUCUUUUCACGCUCGCAUACCCGGUCUUCUUGACGAUACAGAGAGACGCCAAGGAGCUGGUGGACCCCAAAAUACAUCGUGGCCGGCGUGCUAGUGCAGGCGGUGGAAUGGGCGGGGGAGAACACCCGGAAAGCGGACACAGUACGAGGGACCCCAGUGCCGGCUUGGACGAGAUGCUCCAGUACAGGAGGAGGAUGAGCAACGCCACUACUAGCUCUUACUAUAGGGACAGUGGGCCGCUUGCCUACGUCGUUGGGAAGAUCCACGAUCUCAAUGAGAAACGAAGGGAGAAGAAGAGACAGGGCUCCUCAACAACGACAAGCUCGUCACCGAUGUGGGAGCACUUUGAGCUGCGUCGCGAGAGCGACGGGGAUCAGUCUGGAAACGGCCAGGGACAAAGGGGAAACAGGACACCAACGAUACCCGAGGAGCAAUGAUCUGGCCAUGUCGCUGAACCGGCCCGUCUUGCUUUCUCAUCCAUCUAUGUUUUCUUACGAUUUGACUUUGCCAAUGUGCUUUUUCUGGUGGCAGCAUACCUGGCUACGGGUUGGAAAAUCUGCAUAUAAGCGUCUGGGCAUCGAUUUGAUUAACAAUGACCUCGUGCUACUGUACAUUCGAAGAACGCUUUUGAGCGGCGUAUAUGAUCUAUACUUGACAGUCGACGGUCCUGGUUCGAAGCCAACAUGCAGUGAUCCUGGUACGCCUGCUUAAGUGGCUUUCUAUUCAAGUGAUUUAAAUAUCUUAGUCUCGGAGGGAGACUCAACUUUGGACCACCAAGUUGUGCGUUAAAUGCACGCGACAUUACACAAUUCACACUUGGAAAAUGAUUGGAAUAAAUGCUAUUCAGUUCUUUUCGUUUGGUCCUGGAUGAGUAAAC